UUGCUAGAAGGCCUUUCUGUCUAUGAACGCCGGCCCUCCAGAUGUGCGCUAACAGCCGGCCUUUUUCUCGUCUCUCCACAGAUGCAGCAGCUCUUCUACGAAAACUACGAGCCGAACAAGAAGGGCUACAUCCGCGAGCUGCACAACAGCAAGAUCCACCGGGCCAUCACGCUGCACCCCAACAAGAACCCGCCCUACCAGUACCGGCUGCACAGCUACAUGCUCAGCCGCAAGAUCGCCGACCUGCGCCACCGGACCGUCCAGCUGCACCGGGAGAUCGUCCAGAUGGGGCGCUACGGCGCCGCCGAGCCCAGCCGCGAGGACCUGCAGCUGGGUGUGGCGCCGUCCUUCAUGCGCUUCCACCCGCACCAGCGCGAGGACGUCCUGGAGUGGGAGUUCCUGACCGGGAAGUACCUGUUCUCCUCGGCCGCCGACAGCCAGCCGCCCCGCCGGGGCAUGGACUCCUCGCAGAGGCAGGCCCUGGACGACAUCAUCAUGCAGGUGAUGGAGAUGAUCAACGCCAACGCCAAGACCCGGGGCCGGGUCAUCGACUUCAAGGAGAUCCAGUACGGUUACCGGAGGGUCAACCCCCUGUACGGAGCCGAGUACGUGCUGGACCUGCUGCUGCUCUACAAGAAGCACAAGGGCAAGACCAUGACCGUCCCCGUGCGCAGGCACGCCUACCUGCAGCAGACCUUCAGCCAGAUCCAGUUCAGGGAGGAGGAGGAGAUGGACGCCCGGGCCCUGGCCGGCCACAUCAACAAGGAGUCGGACUCACUGUCCUUCCUGUCCAACUCGCUGAAGAUGCUGGUGCCCUUCAAGCUGAGCGGCGGCGGGCAGGAGCCGCGGGAGCCCAAAGAGAGCCGGGUCAACAUCCUGGUGCCGCUGUCGGGCCGCUACGACAUCUUCGUGCGCUUCAUGGCCAACUUCGAGCGCGUGUGCCUGGUGCCCCACCUCAACGUCAAGCUGCUGGUGCUGCUCUUCAGCACCGACAACAACACGGAGCGCGUGCGGCAGGUGGAGCUGAUGCGCGAGUACCACCUGAAGUACCCGCGCGCCGACAUGGAGGUCAGGCCGGUGGCCGGCGCCUUCUCCCGGGCGCUGGCGCUGGAGGUGGGCUCGCGGCACUUCUCCAAUGACUCGCUGCUCUUCUACUGCGACGUGGACCUGCUCUUCACCGGCGACUUCCUCAAGCGCUGCCGGGGCAACGCGGCGCCGGGGGGCCAGGCCUACUUCCCCAUCAUCUUCAGCCAGUACGACCCCAAGGUGGUGUACACGGGGAAGGCGCCCGGCAACAACCACUACGUCUUCACCUCCAAGACGGGCCUGUGGAGGACCUACGGCUUCGGCAUCGUCUGCGUCUACAAGGGGGACCUGGUGCGGGCGGGGGGGUUCGACACCUCCAUCCAGGGCUGGGGGCUGGAGGACGUGGACCUCUACAACAAGUUCGUCCAGGCGGGCGUGGGGCUGUUCCGGAGCACGGACACGGGGAUCGUGCACGUGCACCACCCGGUGGCGUGCGACCCCAACCUGGAGGCCAAGCAGUACAAGAUGUGCCUGGGCUCCAAGGCCUCGUCCUACGGCUCCACCCAGCAGCUGGCCGAGCUGUGGCUGGAGAAGAACGACCACGGCUUCAGGAGGCUGAACGGCUCAGCCAGGACAGCAUGA